AUGACAAUAUUACCAUCAAGAUCAACUAGAGGUAAGAGAACAACAGAGUUAUCAACAGCAGAUGAAGAAUUAUGGCAACAAUUAUUAAAAGAGAGUGAUAAUGAAAAAGAAGAUCCAGAUUAUAUUGUAAAUAGUGAUGAGGAGGAAGAAGAAGAGGAUAUAGUCGAUUCAGAUGCAGCAUCAGAUGAAGAGGAAGAAGAAGGUGGAGGUGAUGAUGAAACUGAAACCAAAUCCACAAAAAAGAAAUCAUCUAAAUCAUAUAAAGACCCAAAAUCAAAAAAAUCUAUAUCAUCAAGGAGAAAAAAGUCAUCAUCUGAUACUGAUAGUAAAUCAACUAUGGAAACAGAGUUAGAGAAACAUUUAGAUAAUAAUACUUCAACAACAACAACAAAUGAUAAUACACCGAAUAAAAGGAAAAGAAAAGAACCAUCACCACCAAAAACACCAAAUUCAGAACCAACCUCACCUUCAACUAGAAGAAGCUCACAAAGAUCUUCUGCAAUUGAACAAUUACAAAAAUCACAACCACAAACUUUAACAAAAAAUAAAAAACUAAAAGUUGAUGAUGAUGAUGAAGAAGAUGAAUCAACUUCAACGACAACAACAACAACAACAGCAACUACUAGAUCAAGAAGAUCAACAAGAAAUUCAGAAUCAAUAAAAACAACAGAAACAACAACAACAAGAAAAGGUGGUAAAAAUAGUAAAAGUGAUAAAAAUGAUGAAAUUUCAUCAACACCAUCAACACCAUCAAUUGAUGGUGAAGGUUUAAGUAAAUUGGAUACCAUUAGUACCUAUGGCUUAACACAAGAGGAACUUUUAGAGGAAUGCAAAGAAACUGAAAUUUAUAACACUGAAUCAUUAAAUCAUCUAUUACAACAAGAAGAGGAUAAAAAAAAGGUUUUCCAUCCAAAAAAAGCAAUCUUAACAGGUCCAAGAAUUAUUUAUAGAUCUACACCUGAACAAACAACUAUUACAUUCACUGAUUCAAUAUUACCUUAUUGUUUAACAAAUCAACCACAAAUAAAUAAUAUUACUAGUAGUGGUAAUGAAAAAAAGAAAAAAGUAAGAGCAUCAAGAAAAUCAUUGGAUCCACCACCAAUUGUAGAUAUAACUUCAACUACUACUACUACUACUACAGCAGCAACAACUGCAACAACAAAUCCUACCACAACUGCAACAGUAACAACAGAAACAAAUCCUACAACAACAUCAACACAAGAACCAAUAGUUGAACAAAAAGAUAAAGGUGAUACAAAUAGGACUGAAAAUAGUGAAAAUGAAAUAAAGAAAAACAUUGAAUUAUGUGUAAUUACUGGACUACCUGCAAAAUAUAUUGAUCCAGAAUCAAAGAAACCUUUUGCAAAUUUAGAAGCAUAUAAAAUCUUAAAAGAAAGAAAAAGACAAGAAGAAUUACAAAAAUCUGAUUCAAAAAGAAGAUCAUCAUCAUCACAUUCAUCUGAAAGUGAAAAAAAAAGAUCAAAAAAGAAAUCAAUACCAUUAAUUUUAACAACUGCAACUUCUUAA